ACUGGCGCCAGUCGCAUCAGUCUGCGCCGCAUCUCAUUAAUGAGCCCGAGCACAGCACGGAUCAGGAGGUUUACACAUCCAAAGCUGCAUUUUGCCGUCUGCUGAUCCAAACUCCAACAGGAGUCUCUGAGGAGAAAGAAGAAGGAUCGCGUCAUUUCAGGAUUUUAUUCAUUUAGUAAAUAAACACAACCCUGACUUUCAAAAUCCAGGAAUUUAAUUUUAAACAAAGGACUGGACUUCUAUUGGACGAUAAAUAAACGAAAGAGGUGCGUUCAGAGGAGAGGAGAGCCAUGGAGGUCGCAGCGGCGGAUCAGUCUCGGUGGAUGGCGCACCAUCACGCCGUGCUGAACGGUCAGCACCCGGACUCUCACCACCACAGUCUAAGCCACAACUACAUGGAGCCCAUGGCGCCUUUACUGCCCCAGGACGAGGUGGACAUGUUUCUGAACCACUUGGACUCUCAAGGGAACCCGUACUACACCAACUCCCGGGCAAGGGUCACGUACAGCCAAGCCCACGCGCGCCUCACUGGAAACCAGGUUUGCCGACCACACCUCAUCCACAGCCCGGGUAUUCCUUGGCUGGACCCCGGGAAGGCUGCCCUGUCCGCCGCACACCACCACAACGCAUGGGCGGUCAGCCACUUCAGCAAACCCGGUCUCCACCCCGCCGGCUCUGGCUACCCCUGCAGCAGUAACACCGGCACAGCCUCCGUGUCCUCCCUUACCCCGGCGUCCCACUCCAGCCCUCACCUCUACAGCUUUCCCCCUACCCCGCCGAAAGACGUGUCCCCGGACCCUGGGCCCACUUCUCCGACCUCCACCAGAAUGGACGAGAAGGAGUCGCUCAAGUACCAGGUGCCGCUGGCGGAGGGCAUGAAAAUGGAGAGCUGUAGUCCGCUCCGCAGCAGCCUGGCCUCGAUGAACAGCCAGACCCCUGCCACGCACCACCCGAUCCCCACCUACCCUGCCUACUCCCUGCCUACGCCCCACGAAUACAGCGGCAGCCUCUUCCACCCAGGCAGCCUGCUCGGCGGGUCCUCCUCCAGCUUCACGCCCAAAUGCAAAAGCAAAGCCAGGUCGAGUUCAGAGGGUCGUGAGUGUGUGAACUGCGGUGCCACGUCCACCCCUCUGUGGAGGCGGGACGGUACCGGCCACUACCUGUGCAACGCCUGCGGCCUGUACCACAAGAUGAACGGACAGAACCGACCCCUGAUCAAACCCAAACGGAGACUGUCCGCAGCUCGACGUGCAGGCACCUGCUGCGCAAACUGCCAGACCACUACCACCACCCUGUGGAGGCGCAACGGGAACGGAGACCCGGUGUGUAACGCCUGCGGCCUUUACUUUAAACUGCACAAUGUCAACAGACCCUUGACCAUGAAGAAAGAAGGUAUCCAGACGCGCAACCGCAAGAUGUCCAGCAAGUCCAAGAGGAACAAGCGGGUAGGGGACGGCUUUGACGAGCUGUCCAAGUGCAUGCAGGACAAGGCCUUGCCCUUUGGAGCUGCACCCGGCCUGACCAGCCACAUGACCCACAUGGGUCACCUCCCCCCAUUCAGCCACUCGGGACACAUGCUGCCCACUCCCACGCCCAUUCAUCCUUCAUUUGGACACCCGCACCACUCCAACCGGUCGCCGGUCUGGGCCGAGCCUCACUGAGGAUCCUUCAGAUCGUCUCUUGCUCGCCUGUAGGAGCCACCACAUCUCCAUUAACGCCAAACGGCCUCAUGCUGAAAAUGGAGAGGACUUGAAUUGUGUACCGUGGAUGAUGGAGGGACGGCUAAAUCCUGGGACGCAGCGAGGGCAGGACUUUAGUGGACUCUAGGACUGGCAGGAGAGGAGUGAAUGGUCGCUUCAUUAUUUUUGCUUAUUUUUACUAAGUCACUUUGGUACCCACCUCUCCCCUGACCCGGUCACAGGAGAGAGGCCUGAAAGAGAACCGCUGUUUUCACCUCAUGAUCAUAUUCUAAAAUACAAGUCGUGGAUGGACAGACAAACAGACUCAUCGGUGCUGGACGGGCUGAGAGCUACAGAACUCGUGCAUCACAAACCCACGAGACUAACUGUAGCACCAGACCACAGCUCUCCCCACAUGCUGGAUUGUACACAACCACACUGCUCCACCUGUUUUUUGAUAAAAGUUUUGAAAAGCAAAAAAAAAAAAAAACCAAACCCAACCACAGUAAAUAGAGUGUUUAUAAAUGCUUAAAUGCUAUUAUUGUUAUUUGAUGUUAUAAUUAUUGCUACAAUAAUUUAUUUUCACUCUUUAAGCUUUCACCAGACACACAUGGAAACAUAUGAGUCGAGUUUCAUGGUUAUUAUGUAAAAGAAAACACUGACCUGUCGUGGACCAAAAGUCCCUGAGCUGUACAUUUUUACCAUUUUUUUCCAUCUCACAAAGAAAAAGGAAAUAAAGUUUAAUACUGAA